AAACAACACAGGUACAUAAUAUGGAUCGUUUCUGUAGUGUAUGUGGUGCAAGAAAACGACUUAACUUCGAUUUUUCAAUAGAGAAAUGUGAAAAAUGUAACCAAAUGCCGUACAUUCUCUCAUUCGAAUUGAAAUCAAGCAAUGUUUUACGUUGUUCAGUGUGCGUUUCGUACAUUUGCGAGUCAAAUAGAUAUUGUGAAAUAUGUGGCCAUACCGUAGAACGUAGUAAAAUAAUUAGAAGCAAACGGGCAAUUGAAAACCGCGACAUGAUUCGCGCAAAAAAAAAUCAGGCUUUAGAAAGAAGAAGAGAAACUCACAAUAUGGUAAAAGCUGAAACAAUUUCAUCUUUAUCAACAUCGCUACGACUGUGCAACGGUCUAAAACCAGACUGUGUGGAAGAUAUCGCUGGUAACACACUGAUAGGACGCAGGUGAUUCAAACCUGUAGGAUUUUUUUAUUUUAGCAGGUCUCACAAAUGCCGGCUUCCAUAAGGUUGGGAAUUUGUUUUCAACUAUGCAGCAGUUAAUGAUGUGGGUUAUGAGCUGUAUUACAAUUGGGUAGCAAUAUUUUAUCAUUUCUAUGUUAAUUUUAUCUAUUCCGUAGGAAAGUGAAUGAAUUUUAUUUAAUAAAUCUAAU